AUGGGGGACCUGCCGGGUGUAGUGCGCCUCUCCAUUGCGCUGCGCAUCCAGCCCAACGACGGCCCCGUCUUCUUCAAGGUGGACGGGCAGCGCUUCGGCCAGAACCGCACCAUCAAGCUGCUCACCGGCUCCUCCUACAAGGUGGAGGUGAAGAUUAAGCCCACCACGCUGCAAGUCGAGAACAUUUCCAUUGGUGGUGUGGUUGUCCCACUGGAGCUGAAGUCUAAAGAGCCUGAUGGGGACAGAAUUGUUUAUACGGGCACAUAUGACACAGAAGGUGUGGCCCCAACCAAGAGUGGAGAGCGACAACCCAUCCAGAUCACAAUGCCGUUCACGGACAUUGGGACCUUCGAGACGGUGUGGCAAGUCAAGUUCUACAAUUACCACAAGCGAGAUCACUGCCAAUGGGGAAGCCCCUUCUCUGUCAUUGAGUAUGAAUGCAAGCCCAAUGAGACACGCAGCCUCAUGUGGGUGAACAAGGAGUCCUUCCUCUGAAGAUGGCUCUUUCUGAUGUUGCUGGACAAUCUCUUCAACAAUCUACUUUCAGAUAACCCAGCACAAGCCUUCGCCAAGGCACAUGACACCAUUGCUGUUUCCCUUCGGGUGCUGAUGACCUACUGGCCCCGAUUACUUUGAAAGUGUAAUUCCCUUCUGAUGCCAUGUCCCUGACAUAAGAGAUUGUGGUGUACCAUCCCCAAGAAGAUCCCUUGCUGUGUUCUGUGUUGGUGUUCCUGCAUCCAGUUGUUCCUGGUCAUGCCGUCGACCGCUUGAGAGGAGCUCAGUGGAAUUGGCAGACGUAUCCCAUUCCUCAUAAUUCCACUGAAUGACUGUGGUGUUUUGUUUCCACAUUGAGUGAUUCCCCUCCCCCCCUUUUUUUCUGUUAAAUGCUAAAUAAAAAAUGUAACAACGUGUGUGGGUUCUCUCCCAAGUGUGAUAUGGUAACAUGUAACUUGCGGUGUUGUCCAGCCCCCAAGGCAGGCUUGGUGAUAAUAUAAGACACGCAGCAGUAAGUGGGACUCAGGUGUUGUGCUCGUAUAAAUGGCUCAGCUUCUUCAGGGAACAACCAUGACAAUAAAAGGGCAAAUAUUUAAGAAGUAUUUAUAACACCUUAAAACUCUUUCAAGUAGCUUAAGGUAUUAUAUUGUGGCCUAGUAGAAAUGGGAAAAGGCCUGGCUGGGGUCCACUGUUAAACAAGAUGACAGAAGUUGUAGGGUUACCUUUUUGGCAAGCUGCCAUAACGUUCAAACAUGCAUAUGAUGGCACCCCUCCGUUCCCCUUCCCUUGAACUUUGUAAAACUGUGUAUGGAACUGUAAUGAACUUUUGAUAUUUCUUAAUAAAGGUAUUGAAAAUCA